AAGACGAAGUUGGAUCUUAUCUGCAACGUUCUUGUAUUGUAUCCACUUCGCUGGUAAGAAGAAGGGAGAGAGUGGAGAAUGUUGAGUCUCUCUGUGGCUUCAUCUUCUUCUUCAACCAUAAGCUUUCUCCCGAAGCCGUUACCGUUCAAAUCUUCCUUCACUGGCAUUCAGCUCCGUCGCACUACCACAUGCUCCGUUCCACUCACGAAACGCACCGCUUCGAUGCCUGUGGUGAUGAUGGCUAAGAGGGUGGAAGAAUUGAAGGAAAUUAGACAACUCACCACCGAACAAAUCAACGAAGAGGUUAUUGACCUUAAGGGAGAGCUUGUCAUGCUUCGCCUUCAGAAAUCCGCUCGAAACGAGUUCAAGUCCAGUGAAUUCGGUCGUAUGCGCAAAAGGAUUGCUCGCAUGCUUACUGUGAAGAGGGAAAGAGAAAUUGAGGAGGGUAUUGGUAAGAGGUUGUCCAGAAAGCUUGAUAAAAAAUGGAAGAAAAGCAUUGUUGUAAGACCACCUCCAUCUUUAAAGAAGCUUCGGGAGGAAGAAGCAGCAGCAGAAGCUGCAGAAGCUGAAAAGGCUGCGUGAGCUAACACUUAAUUUGCAAUUUUCAGAGUUCAGUGGUUUUCAUUGUGUAUAAUAUAUUGUUGGUAGUAAUUUUAUUUUGUUCCUGCGAGAAAGUUCAUGUCAUUUAUUUUGUGACGAGAUUCAUGAUCAAAAUUAAGAUAAACAUUUUCUUAA